AUAGAAAUGUGUCUGUGUUUCUCCAAAACAAAACACUGGGAGGGGUUGAUGAGAAUCAUGAGUGAUUCCAAGAAAACGAAACUUAAGGAAGUAGUGACCUUGACUCCGGCUCUAUAAAUUCCAGUGUAGCCUACUCAUGAAAUUUGGAAGAGGAUAUCAACUCGGAAAGACAGAGAGCACAUCAUGGGAGUCAGAGGACUGACCAGUUUUGUGGAUGACAAUGGACACAUUUUACAAGAUGUUUCCUUCAAGAACAGCAAACUGAUAAUCGAUGGCAAAAAUCUGUACUACUUACUUUAUUUUGAUGAACAACUGGACCAGAGUCACGGGGGAGACUAUGAAUCUUUUGAGGAUCUCAUCUGUGGGUUUAUCAAGGCUCUGAGAGAAAAUGGGAUUGAACCCUAUGUUGUUGUUGAUGGUGGGUCUGACUACACAGACAAGAAGUUUGAGACUCUGAAACAACGAGCUGAAGAAAAGAUUCACAAAGCUCACGACGUGUCAGUGGGAAGCAAAGGUAAUGUCUUGCCACCCAUCGCUAAAUGUGUGUUCUCACAGAUCCUCACCGAGUUGCAAGUACCUUUUGCAAAGAGCAUCGCUGAAGCAGACAGAGAAAUAGCCUCACUGGCAAGGGAGUGGAACUGCCCUGUGCUCUCCAAUGACAGUGACUUCUACAUAUUCGACAUCCCAGCAGGAUUUUUACCCAUCCCACAUUUCAAGUGGAAGCAAGGGGGCUUGAAGAGGGGUAUUCCCGCUAAACACUUCACUCAAGAAAGAUUCUGCUCUCGGUUCAACAUCGACCGGUCUCUACUACCAGUUUUUGCCUCCAUUUCAGGAAACGAUUAUUUCAAUCUUGCCAGGCGGGGCGUGCCCGUAAAAUGGUCUGACUUCUCGAAGCGGAGAGGGAGAUUUGCCCAUAUCGACGGCUUGCUCAACUGGUUAGGCAAAAAUAAGAAUAAUGCCUUGAGCGCUGUGCUCAAGUUAAUGGAUGACGGUGAUAAGGUGAAAACUAAACAAACAGAACAAGCCUUCAUGUUGAGCAUGGAAGAGUACAAACUAUCUCCUAGCUCAUUGGGGGAGUUCUUCAGGAACGGGACCCCACCAUCCAAUAUUCCAGAGCCUGUGAAGGUAUUGCCAGACUGGGCCCUCCUAUCCCUGACACAGGGGAAGCUCAGCUCGGACAUCAUUGACGUUAUGCUCUUUAGAAGAGUGAUGCAGAAUUCCCAGGUAGAGGACACUAGCUUACCCAGCGGACAACUCACCUCAAGGUCCAUACGGCAGAUAUUGUACGGGCUGCUACUGAAAUCCCCUGCGUCGAUGGAGACGGGACAGUGUAUGGUUGAGGAGUAUGACAGAGUUGGCCUGAAACUGACUAGUCACAUGGUCAAGCCUAUCCUCAGUGGGCCUGUACAAAAUCUGCGGCUGGACACUCUGAAUAAGGCCCACCUCCCAGAUCGUCUGACGGUGAUGCUAGAGACCCUGGGAGUGACUCAGUCGCUGACUGGCAUCCCGCCUCACCUGCAUCUGCCUGUAAGCGUCACCUGCUAUUGGAUGACACACGCAGCCCCUCCCCCUGACCUGCCUCUCCUGCAGGCCCUGCUCCUGGGUAUGGUCUAUGGAGAACUCUGCAUACAGAAGAAGAAGACAGGGAUCUCGGAGAGUGAGAGUCUGGUGCUGCAGAAGUUUGAAGGAAUAGUCCAGAGAUGUCCAUGGAAGCUGGACCUGGAUGUGGCUCAUGCCUACAGCCAAUGGCAGGCCUGCUUUAAAGACAGUCUCAAUUUGAACCAGCUGCUAUGCUCUCCCCUACUGGAGUCAGAAUGUGCAAGGCUGUACAAGGGCACUCUUGUGCACCCCCUAGUGGUUGAACUGAGAAGAGGGGAGAGCCCGGAGUUUAUCCUGGCUGGAGGCCCCAUCGCUGGGCCUCUAUACAAGGCCCUCCUGGACACUGUGCUCCUCUCCCAGGACUCCACGACAACCAGAGGUGCAGCUCGGGGCGGGACAUUACCACGGCAACCAAUGGAUGACGUCACAGCCGAUCUGCAGAGGCUGGCAAUCCCAAAAUAGUCAAAGCUCCGGGACAAGAAAGGCUGGAUCUGAGAUUACCUAUAUAUUGUAGCGGGGACAGCUAUUAUUCAGCUCUCCGUUCCUCUGAUGCCAACCUCCUGUCCACCCCACUUAGGGCCAAGCACCGAACCUGGGGUGACAUUGCCGCUCCCUCCCUCUGGAACUCACUCCCCAAACCCAUCAGAGACUGCACCAACAUAUCAACUUUUAAAUCAUUAGUCAAAACGCACCUUUUUAGAUCUGCUUUUAAUGUGUAAUUAAUGUUGUGAUUUUAUAUGAUGUCCUUGUUUUAUGUUUAUUUUAACCAUGCACAGCGACUUUGAGAACUUUGGAAAGCGCUAGACUAUACAAAUAAAUGUAUUACUAUUAUUAGGGUUAUUAUUAGAGUUCAGGUAAUGUGGGACAUCAGGUAAAGUGGGACAGUUAUGAAUUUUGAUGAUUUAAUAUGUGCAAAACCGACAUCCAAUCAUCUGAUCUUGACAAAUAAAUACAACGCUUCUAGUCACAA